CCAAUCACCGGCCGCUACUCCCGCCCUGGGAAGGGAUAAAAGGGGACGAGCGUCUGCGUCAGUAUGAUUUUUCUCUGUGUCGUGCCUAGCUUGGUUUGCUCGGUAAGCUCUUAUUGGCAGCCAUACCAUGUCGGGCCGUGGGAAGCAGGGCGGGAAGGUCAGAGCAAAGGCCAAGUCGCGUUCGUCACGAGCCGGGCUGCAGUUCCCCGUGGGCCGCGUGCAUCGGCUUCUGCGGAAAGGUAACUACGCGGAACGGGUGGGGGCCGGAGCACCCGUCUAUAUGGCGGCCGUGCUGGAGUACCUGACUGCCGAGAUCCUGGAGCUGGCGGGCAACGCGGCCCGCGACAACAAGAAGACGCGCAUCAUCCCGCGCCACCUGCAGCUGGCCAUCCGCAACGACGAGGAGCUCAACAAGCUGCUGGGCAAGGUCACCAUCGCGCAGGGUGGGGUGCUGCCCAACAUCCAGGCCGUGCUGCUGCCCAAGAAGACCGAGAGUCAUAAGGCUAAAAGCAAAUAAUUUCAGCUGGCAAAGCCGGUUAGGUUUUUCAAAUCAUAAUAUAACCCAAAGGCUCUUUUCAGAGCCACCCA